AUGAGGGCAGGUAAGCACGAAGAAUCAUUGGAGACACUAUCAGAACAACACCAUCAGCAACAGCAGCAUGCUGAAUCCGUUUCGCAUCUGUUGUCUGGCGAGCAGGAGCUUCUACUAAGAUCUGGUGAGGAAGGCUCAGGCGAGGAGGGUGGUUCAGGCGAAGAGGGUUCAGGCGAGGAGUCCGAAGGGUCCGGUGAGGAAGGCUCAGGUGAGCUGGGCUCAGGUGAGGAAGCCUCAGGUGAGGAGGAGGCAUCCGGCGAGGGUUCAGGUGAAGAGUCGCUUGCUGAACGCUCUGGAGAGCUGGAGGAACACGACGAGGAGACCACCACUAUCAUUGCAGGCAGCAGCAGCGACAGCAGCAGCAGCAGAGAAGAGUCGUCAACUCAGCUCGUUAACUUAGAGCAGAUUUUGACGGCUAGUACUUUGGAGCCGGUAACUAGCGAGUUCGGGACUACUGAAACUGGAGCUGGAGCUGGAGCUGGAGCUGCAACUGAAACAACAUCAGAAGCAGAAGCUGGAGGACAUUUGCUGCAGCGAACACAUGAAACGAUAGAAGGAGAUCAUGCAGCCAUGACAAUAGGUUCAAAAUCUGACGAGCAGCAUCAACAACACGAGGAAUUAUCUUCUGUGGCUACGGAAAAGUCACAAACGGCUGAAUUUGAGGAAUCGACUGCCUCAUAUCAAGAGUCGUGGCAUCAUGAAGAGGCGUCAAAUUUCACAGUCGACAGCCACACAACUAGCGAAGGCAGCAGCUCAAGCGAGGCGACGGCGACGGCGACGGCUAAUGAGGAAUUAAUAACGCCAGCAUCGGGUAUUGUAACCCUAACUCCAUUGGGUAAUGGUAAGACAAUUUAA